AUGGAUUUAAUAGCAGAGCUGGAAGCGAAUCAACGUCUAUAUGAAAACGGUAAAAUUAAUGAGGAUGAAUAUAAUAAACGUCGAAAGACAAUAUUUGAUAGAUCUGUUGGGUUAUUUGAAAAAAAAAUUCUGAUUCCGACGAAUACGAAUUUGUACGAAAUUCUUCAAUUAAAUCCCAAUGCAACUGAUGCAGAAAUUAGAUCAAAUUAUAGAAAACUUGCUUCUAAAUAUCAUCCAGAUAAAAAUGGCGGCAUUGAAUCUGAAGAGUGGAACAAGCUUUCAAAUGCUUACCAAAUCCUUUCAGACACGAACAGUCGUUAUCUUUACGAUAAUUUUGGAACAGUAAGCAAUUCCUUAGGAAAUAAAACUUCACUAAACCAUUAUGUUGGAGGUGACGCAUGGCAACCUUAUAUUGGUAACUUGGAAAUUGGCCUUUGGAUGUUCUCAUUUACGGAUAAUGGAAAUUCACCAGAAAUAGAACAUUUGACUACACCUGAACAAAAAGAGCACCGUCACAUAGUUCGUGUAUCUAACAUCGUUCGUUACCUACAAGACAAGCUUACUCAAUUUCCAAAGCAAGGAGAUUCUUCAGAGUUUGAAUCAUUUGUGGAAAGUCUUCGUCAAGAAGCUUUGAAACUCUUUAUAGAACCUAAUGGCAAACAUUUGCUAUCCUUUUUAGGAGAAAUUUACAUGACCAAGGCUCAAACAUACUUAAAUAAGUUUUCUGUGUCAAGCAUUAAAUGUUCUAGCCUUUUUAACAAUUUCAGGUUUAUGACUGAUAUGAUUUCUGGAUUUUUUGCGGCUAAAAGUAUAAAGCAGAUGAACCAGGAUGAGAUCAGCGAAGUAAUUUGGCAAAUCUCGCGGUCAGAAAUAUCUUCUAUCGCUUGUGAACCUUGCGAUAAAAUUCUGAAUAAUAAAACCAAUGAUGAUUUGGAUGUAAAAUAUCACCUUGCAAAUUCUCUUCUUCUUUUGGGAAAAGUGUGGUUGGAAAUAAGCAAGCAAUAA